UGGUUUCUGCAGUCUGGCAAGGCCAAAGUCAAACGCGCUUGACACACGUGCGAAUUUGUUUUCUUUAAGUAAAACUCAAUUUUAAGCAAGUUUUACAAUGAAAACAGACUUGCCCACCGUAUCAAAGGGCAUCGCCCAGUUGCACAAUGUGCGUUUCUACACAAUAAAGCCACGUGCGAUUGUUUGUUUGGCCUACAGCCAGGCUAUUAAAUGCCUUGCGCUCAGCCGUGAUGAUGGCUCCAUAGAGCUUUGGGACAUGCAUUAUGCGCCCUAUUUGGAGAAAGUUAUACAACUAACACCCGAAUCGCAAGCGGAGAACAUGGCCUGGGCAGGCAGGCGCCUGUUCUCAGUGGAUUUGACAGGAAAGCUAAUUGAAUGGGAUUUGAAUACGUUGCAACCACGCCACGUGCAAUCACCGACGGGCAAUGCGCUGUGGUGUCUGGAUGUGAAUAGUGCUGAGACCGAACUGGCUGUCGGCUCUGAGGAGGGACACAUCAACCUAAUGAACAUUGAGCAGGACGAAAUCAACUAUAAGUUGCUGUUUAGAAAGCAACAAGGACGCGUUCUCUGCUGUAAAUUUGAUAAGCCAGGCAAACGCCUCGUCACCGGAUCAGUAGGCGCUGUACGCAUCUGGAACGUUGCCAAUGGACAUACCCUGCACACAAUGACCCUCUCAGACAAGGACGUCAUUGUCUAUGCACUGCAAGUGUUAAAGGAUAAUACAAUUAUAGCAGGAGACUCGGCGGGAUUCGUUACCGUUUGGAAUGCAGCGAAUGCAACACAAAUUGAGUCCUGCAAAGUACUCGAAAAGAACGUCUUUGCUUUGGCCAUAAAUGAGGAGGAGGAUCGUCUGGUUUGCAGUGGCAUGCAACCACCUUUGAUACGCGUACUCAGCAAAACGCAAAUCAAACGCGAAGAUUCUGUUUGCGAACGUUGGAUUAGGUUUCUGCAACGCGAUGUGCACAGUCAUUAUGUCAAGGCACUGGUUGUUAUUGGGGAUCGCAUUAUUUCUGGCGGCCAGGAUGGUCUGCUCUGCAUCUCAACACGCGGCUAUUCCGCCAAAUAUGCGCCCUAUCUGCCUGGCAAGAGUGCUAGCCUAGCAUCGAGUGGUAAUUUAUUGCUCCUUCGCUAUCCGCAAGAUUUGCAAUUGUGGCGUUUGGGCGUGCCGCAUGAUACAACAGAGAAUCAAGAGCAGCGUCUAGCUGCGGGCAGCUGCGAGCAACUGCAGCUAAAGCAAAUGCCCGAGAAGCUAUUGCAGCUUGUCGUGGGAGCCAACAAAUUUAUACAGGCAGCUGCCAUUUCGCCGGACAGCAAAUGGCUUUGCUACUCAACGCUCGACGAGCUGCGUCUGAGUCGUUUACAAUGCGAACCGCUGGGCGUGCAGCGUUUGACAACGGAUUUGCCCGCUGAGUUGGAACCGGCUAGCUUUAUAAUCUUCGCCAAUGAGUUGCUUUGGCUGCUGCACGCACCAACGCGUCAAAUGCGCUGCUUUACCCUGAGCGAGCAACAGGUGGACUUUGCUUUUAGCAUCGAUUUGAGCAAGGAGAUGAAGUCACAUAUUAACUUGGUGGAGCUGUCUCCAUGUGGCAAAUACUUGAUCGUAGCUGGCACGAAUCAUAGGAUUGCCAUUUGGCAGCUGCGCGGCGCAAAAUCAAAGCAUUUACUCAAUUUGCCUCGCUACCAAGCGCCCACCACAGCGCUGGCCAUGCACGAGGGCAGGCCAAACCUCGUGGUUGCCUAUGCGGAUGGACGCAUUGUGGAAUUUGAUGUGCAGAAGCGGCGCUUGGUCUGUGAGACCGAGGAGCUCUUUGAACUCGAAGAGCAUCCGCAUAGCAUUCGAGGCAUACUGCUCGAUGCCAACAAUCCAAAUAUAAUCAUUGUCUACGAUGAAGUGUAUCUGUAUGUGGUGAAAAGCUAUGGGAACGAAAAGCGGCAUCAGACUGUGCCUUCGAAAGCCAAGAGGUUGAGCAAGCCCGUGGAGUCAACGGAUAUAAGGACUUUUGGAUUGAAGAUGCGACUCAAUCGGGAGCAUUUGGUGCAGGUCUGCAGACUUAACGAGCAGGAGCUGGUCACGGUUGGCGUGCAGACGAAGAACUAUUUGAAUAUGCUGCCUGAACCUUAUCAGCGCAAGAAGUUCGGCGCUGCGUAGUUAGGAAUUCACUGUAGCACUACAGUAGUAACUAGUUAAGUUGUAUAAAACAAAGUAAAA